UUUCCUUUAACUUCUUUCCUGUAUACACCGUUGCCACACAAAAUUGGUCGAAUACUGAACUGAACUGAACUGAGCAUAAUCUUAUCGUUGAGCUCGACAAUGGAGACCUGGUUCAUCAUCAUCGUCUCCCUCUGUGUCGCAGCCCUCCUUAACCUUCUCGUCUUCAAGAAAUCCUCAGGAAACAAGCAGCUCCCUCCCGGACCCCUCAACAUCCCCAUCAUCGGCAACUUCUUUUUGCUUCGCAAGUCCUUCUCCGAGCUCGAGCCCAUACUCCGCAACCUCCACACCAGGUAUGGCCCCAUCGUUACUCUGCAUAUCGGCUCCCGUCCGGCUAUCUUCGUCGCCAACCGCUCCAUCGCCCACCAAGCCCUCGUCCAGAAUGGCGCCGUCUUCGCUGAUCGCCCCCCUGCCCUCCCCACUGGCAAGAUCAUCUCCAGCAACCAGUGCAACAUCAGCUCCUCCUUCUACGGACCAACGUGGCGACUUUUCCGCCGAAACCUCACCUCCGAGAUUCUCCACCCUUCGCGUGUCAAGUCCUACUCUCGCGCGCGCAAGUGGGUAUUGGACAUCCUUCUCAACCGCCUUGAAUCUCACUCCACGACCGAAUCCGGCGUAGUUAACCCCGUCCGCCUGAUUGACCACUUCCAAUACGCUAUGUUUUGUCUGCUGGUUCUGAUGUGUUUCGGGGACAAGCUCCUCGAGACCCAGAUCAAAGAAAUCGAAGCCAUCCAGCGUCGCCUGCUUUUGAGCUUUGGUCGCUUUAACAUGCUCAAUUUCUGGCCGAGGCUUGGAAAGAUACUAUUCCGCAAGCGUUGGGAAGAGUUGUUCAGCCUUCGGAGAGACCAGAAUGCUAUACUAGGGCCUUUGAUAGAAGCGAGGAAGAGAGUGAAGCAAGAAAGGCUAAGCAAGGCAAAAGAGGACGCCCCCCUAGAAGAUAAUGGUGAUGAUGAGUUUGUGGUGUCGUACGUGGAUACGUUGUUGGAUUUGGAGUUGCCGGAGGGGAAGAGGAAGCUUACUGUGGAGGAAAUGGUCAGCUUGUGCUCGGAGUUUCUCAACGCGGGCACGGAUACAACGUCCACGGCGUUACAGUGGAUCAUGGCAAAUUUGGUGAAAUACCCCCAUGUCCAAGAGAAGCUUUGGGCAGAGAUCAAAGGGGUCGUUGGAGGGCAUGCAGAAAAGGAGGUGAAGGAAGAGGAUUUGCACAAGAUGCUGUAUUUGAAGGCAGUGGUUUUGGAGGGUUUAAGGCGUCACCCACCAGGGCACUUCGUGUUGCCACAUGCUGUGACGGAGGAUUUCGUGUUGGAAGGCUACUCGGUGCCCAAGAAUGCCACUUUGAAUUUCAUGGUGGCAGAGAUGGGCUGGGACCCGAAGGUGUGGGAAGAUCCCAUGGCGUUCAGGCCAGAGAGAUUCUUGAGAGGUAGUGAUGGAGGAGGAGGGGAAGUGUUUGAUAUAACGGGAAGCAGGGAGAUUACGAUGAUGCCGUUUGGGGCUGGGAGGAGGAUCUGUCCUGGCUCUGGUUUGGCAAUGCUUCAUUUGGAGUACUUUGUUGCCAAUUUAGUAUGGAAUUUUGAGUGGAAGGCUGUGGAUGGUGAUGAUGUUGAUUUGUCAGAGAAGCAGGAGUUCACUAUGGUGAUGAAGGAUCCAUUGAAGGCCAAUCUAUCUCCCAGAUUGUGAAUGGAUAGCCUUACUUUUCUUUUCCUUUUUUUGAUAAGUAAUAGCUUUACUUUUCUUAUAUUAUAAACGUGAACACUCGAUGAAUCUGUAGUUAAGAUAUCAAUGUAAUUGUAGGCUCUUGCUCUGCUAUUUACUGGA